UGGGAGUUCAUUUUCAAACUUUAUUUCUGCUUUGUUGUUUCAUUUGGAUACGAAAACAUGUCAAGUUUUAAAAAAGCAACACAAAGCAGCAGAAAUAAUGACACGAACGCUUCUCCUGCCAGAGCUGUUGACAAAGACAUCACGACAUGCUCCUCUACAUGGGCAGACAACCCGGCUUGGUGGUACGUGGAUUUAGAGGAAAUAAAAAGUAUACAUGAUAUACAGGUCUUCUUUAAUGGAACAGACACAGCAAAUGAACACCGACAGAGAGAACGGAUGUAUGGAUACCAACUUUAUGCUUCAAACACAACUGACUUACGUAACUUAGAUAUGAUGCAUCAUUGUUACAAUCACAGUGGACCUGCCUUGCCUGACUUAACCUCUAAUCACGUUUGCACAACAUUUGGACGAUAUGUUAUCUUCUAUAAUGAGAGAAUUCCUGGUGUGACUUAUCCUAAUUCUAAUGGAGGAAAUCAACAUUUUACAUAUGUUCAGUUGUGUGAAAUAAUUGUAUAUGGAUGUGAUACACUUGGAACGUAUGGAGAUAAUUGUUUCAAGAGAUGCUCAUCAAAAUGUCAAGAGAGACGAUGUGACAUAAUCAACGGAACCUGUUUGGGUUGUACGGAAGGAUGGACAGGAGAUAAGUGCGAAUUUACCUGUCCAGAGGGAUAUCAUGGACUGGAAUGUAGAGGUAUUUGUUCUAACAACUGCCUACGAAACAGAACCUGUAAUCAUGUGACUGGGAACUGUGACAACGGCUGUUCUGAUGGAUGGACCGGAGGGCGUUGUAACAUAACAUGUACAAUGGGAACAUACGGAGCAGGAUGUUCACAGAACUGUAGCGGUAACUGUAAGAAUGGCACCUCUUGUAACAGAGUGACAGGGUUCUGUGACAGCGGGUGUUCUCCUGGAUAUAUCGGCGAAAGAUGCAAAAAAGCAUGUAGCAUGGGAACAUACGGAUCAGGAUGUUCUAAGAACUGUAGCGGUAACUGUAAGAAUGAUACCACUUGUGACAGAGUGACAGGAUUCUGUGAUAGCGGGUGUUCUCCUGGAUUUACCGGGAAAAGAUGCGAUCAAGUUUGUACACCAGGGACAUAUGGGCCAGGAUGUCAAAGGAAUUGUAGUGGCAACUGUAUAAAUGGGACUUUCUGCAAUGCUACUACGGGAGUAUGUGAUUCAGGAUGUAGUUCUGGAUAUAUUGGGAAAAGAUGUGAUCAAGAGUGCCCUGUUGGUACCUUUGGUGAGGAUUGUACAGGCAACUGCAGUAGAAAUUGUUUGAAUAAUGAAACGUGUAGCAAUAUAGAUGGCAGAUGCAAUAAUGGGUGCAAAGCUGGUUUUCAAGGAUUUCUAUGCGAUAAAAGAUGUGCAGAGGGUACAUAUGGGAACUGCAAACAAACUUGUAGCGGACAAUGUGCCAACAAUGAAACUUGUAACUAUGUCGACGGUAUAUGUAACAAUGGAUGCAAUCCAGGGUAUUAUGGAGAAAAAUGUAGUUCUUCUUGUAGUCCUGGUCGGUAUGGUCAAAACUGUUCGUAUAUUUGCUCCGAAAAUUGUAAAGAUGCCAAGUGUGAUCAUGUCUAUGGGAAAUGUAUAUGUAAACAAGGAUGGAAAGGAUUAGACUGUUCGACAGAAUGUUCAGUUGGCACAUUUGGAGAAAAUUGUCUUAAAAACUGCAGUGGCCAUUGCAGCAAUAAUGAAAUGUGUAGCAAUACUAAUGGAGAAUGUCCAAAUGGUUGUCAAAGCAACUACAAGGGUGUUACCUGCCAUGAAUUGAAACCAACAAAGGAAAAACCACAGCCUCUCAUCAUUGGGAUUGUUGUUCUUUUUCUCCUGCUGGUGAUAAUCAUAAUCAUGACUGUUAUAAUAGUGAAACGAAGAAAUAGACUUUUUAAAAAUAUACAUGAUUUUGGACAUUUAAACGCUGUCUUUUCUUCCAAGAAAGAGUUAACUGGAGGCAAAAAUACAGAAUUUCAUUCGUACGAAAAUGACAUUGCUAAGUCAGAAGCAGAGACAAAGAACAUUUCUAUAGGGGACCUCUCAAAGACCAUAGAGGAAAUGUUUGAGAAUGAUACAAGUUUCAAAGCAGAGUAUGAGCAAAUUCCAAACGGAGAAUUACAUUUAUGUGAUGCUGGAAAAAGGGAUGAAAACAAAAUAAAAAACAGAUAUAAAACAACAUUUCCGUAUGACCAUUCCCGAGUUAAGCUUCAAGUGGAAAACAUGCGAUCUGAUUAUAUUAAUGCCAACUACAUAAAGGAUAUAUCAGGGGAGCAGAGAUAUAUAGCUACACAAGGUCCAAAAAAGGAAACGGUGGCUGAUUUUUGGGCAAUGAUAUGGCAGGAAUAUGUUAAUGUUAUUGUUUGUCUAACAAAUCUAAAAGAAGGAAAACAGAAAAAGUGUCAACAAUAUUGGCCAGAUUGCCACGACAAAAUCCAAAAUGGCAAUUUUGCAAUUCGAAACCAAGAGGAGAAGACGUAUUCAAACUACAUUAAAAGACAUCUGAGACUGCAAGAUACAAUUGGUAAAGAAGAAAAAGACGUGUGGAUGUUUCAUUACACACAAUGGCCAGACCACGGUGUUCCCGAGGCUAUAAAUCUUGUGGUGUUCCAUCGGCAUGUACAGAGAGUUUUUGCAGAAUCUCCAGAUAACAGUAAAAUAGUUGUCCAUUGCAGUGCUGGAUUAGGAAGAACAGGUACAUUCAUAGCUUUAGACGCUCUCUACCGGAACGGUUUGACAUCAAGAUCUGUAAAUGUGUCUGAAUAUGUCACUCAAAUGCGCCAUGACAGAAUGAACAUGGUACAAGGAGAGGAACAAUACAAAAUGAUUUACAUGACUGUACACGAAUCAUUCAGAGGACACCUGCGCCCUGUUACUGCUGAAUCAUUUCUGUCAAACCACCAGACUUUAAAUUGUAAACAUCAAGAAGAUGAAAUCAAAAAAGAACAGGAGACUGAUGAUUUUAAGGAGCUCACUUUACUCAAAAUACAAUACGAUGCAACUGAAAGAUCAGCACAGAACAAUGAUGCAUUUAAUUUUACACCAAUUGUUAUGCCAGUUGAGAAAUAUAGAUGUCAUCUGCUCUCUGACGAUGAUACACCGGUUUACUACAACGCUGUCAUUCUUCAGUCAUUCACGAAACCCAAUGGACCUAUCAGUGCCCAGUAUCCACUGGAGAAACAGUGUGAAGAUUUCCUGUAUCUUGUGAAAGAGAGCAGAGCUGGUACUGUAGUUUUUCUGGGGCCGCUUGAAGAUAUUCCCUCGACAAAGAUCUGGUUUCCAUCAAAGAAUGAUAGCAAGACUGUUGGAAAGUUUUCAGUAAAAAUGAGAAAAUGUGACCCUUCAACUGUAGUCACGAAAACGAAUAUCAUCAUUCAAGGAAAGGGCUUCAAGGACAUCCCUUUAUCUGUUUUGGAAUGCAACUUCUGGAAAAGUGAUGCUUUAAUUGCCGAUUGUAGGAAAGUUCUAGAGGCAAUCAAGGAAACAAGACUGGAAGAAUCCACACAUUCGAACAAUAGAACUAUUGUUUUCUCAAGUGACGGGGCUAAGCGUUGUGGUCCAUUUUGUGUCGCCUAUAAUGUGAUAGAGCAGUUUAUCCUUGACAAGGAAAUCGAUAUUUUUACAGCAACACGACUGAUACAAAUUCGUAGACCGGAAUUUAUUUCCACACCUGAGGAAUACCAAUUCUGUCAUGAUCUUGUAGCAGAAUACCUACAGGCUGAUACGGACUAUGCCAACUUAGACUUCAAACCUUAAGAGCGAGAAGACCACAUACGACAUAAAGAACAUCAUUUUGAUGAAGUUCUCUAUCAUAUUUGAAAGAUAUUUGGAAAACAUACACAGUUAAUGAAAAAAUAUAUUAAAAAGAAUGGAUCGACAUGAAAUAUAUUUCAAUUUUAUUGACCUCCUAGGUAAAUUGUAAAAAUUACUAAUCUAUUUAUUCUAUUGUAUCUACAUGUAUCUGAGUUAACUGUUUCUUCAAAUCUUUGGUUAUAUAUUACCCUUUACCUUGUACAUGUUGUCAACAGUACCUAUGUUCAAAUUUUAUCAUCUAUUAUUAUAUCCACUGCCUUUUUACUCUGAAAACAUACUUUUUUGGAAAAUGUCCUUAAUUUACGAAGAUAGUAAUAAGUAUUAUGGACGAUUUGCCUUCGAUAAUUAGUAUGAAAUAAUAUAUUUAAGUUUGAUUUUCAAUUAUACUUUUUUUUAGUUUCAUAUUCUUUAGCAUUAGCACUAAAGUAGAUGUGCAGAUUUUUACAUGUUGAAGGAAUUCUUGUGUCCCAAUAAAUGAAGACUCGAUAAAUGUAUGCUUUUGCCCUGUAUGUCUAGGGCUUAACUUGUCUGCAAAAACAAAACUUGCCAAUAACUUCCAGUUGAAAUUAUGGGUCAUAUAUUUCAUGCAUCUAAGAAUUCCUUUUUGACAAAAAAUGUACAAAUACAUUUGACCUCUUGUAGUUUGACCAACUUUUGCAAAAUUUUACUUUCAUGUUGACCUAAUAUUUGAACAGUUGGAGAUGGGGCUUUUAUACAUUAUUAGUAUAUUUCUCAACAUAAGAUAUGUUCCUCUGGUAUUGAUAAUUUUGAAGUACAUGUAUUGAUAUUUACCUUGCAUUUUAACAUACUUUAAAAUAUGAGUUUGGUCGUAUUUUGGAAAUGUGUUGGGGCUUUUGAAUUUCAGAGGUGUAUUUGUUGUGACAGAACCAGCCAACAAUCUUGACAUUGGUUUUUAAGUUUGACCUACUUUAAAAUCUUUAAAUAUGGCCAAAUAUUUCUACAGCUAAUUUUUGGGAUUUCAUAUUUCACACGUGUAAACCUUUUAAAAAGACUGUUUUUAACAAUUUUGACACUUCCACUCUGAAAUUUGACUUUCUCUUUAAUAAAUAUAUUUUGACCGUACCUUUUAACAAGGAAGUGUAUGGUCUUAUUAAUAAUUCACAAAUACAAUUUCUCGCUACAGUAUCUUCUCCUUGGUAUACCAUCCAUUUUGACAUUAGGUUUGACUAGAUUUAAUAUGAAAAACUUUAAACUUGGUCAUAACUUUUUAAAUCAUUAGGGAGAUUUUAUUUCACAGACAUUUAUUUCCUAAAUAUUUCUUUGAGUACAAUUAUUAUUUUAUCUUAUGUCGUUGAAAUUUAUCUUGCAUUUGAUAAACAUUAACCUUCAGCCUUGAGCUUCCAUAUGGUGAAAUCAGUGUUUCAUUUAUA